CAGUCCCAGGGUUCUGAAGAGAAGUGGUAAGUUCACUGCAGAUUUUGACUGAGCUCCGGACACAAAACUUCGCCAUGAAGGUAACAGGCAUCUUUCUUCUCUGUGCCUUGGUCCUGCUGAGUUUAUCUGGUGACACUAGAGCUGACUCCCUGGGAAGAGAGGCUAAAUGUAACAAUAAUGCGGGUGGAUGUACCAAGAUCUAUAACCCUGUCUGUGGGACUGAUGGAAAUACAUAUCCUAAUGAAUGCAUUUUAUGUGUGGAAAAUCAGAAGCGCCAGAUGCCUGUCCUCAUUCAAAGAUCUGGGCCUUGCUGAGAACCAAGGUUCCGAAAUCCCAUGAGGUCACCAUGAAGCCUGGCUGACCUGAUUGUUGAAUAAAAUGCAUCUAAAUACUU